AUGUGCAGCGUGUUGUAUCCGGGGGGGCUGCGCUGCGGGCUCUAUGUAGUAAAAGUCGUUCCGUUGUUGGCCGUCCUUGAAGGAACCACAUCCUGUGCCGGGCAGAGUGGCAUUGGCCCCGCCCCCGAGAUGGAGGAUCUCCUGCGCUGUAUUGUGCACUUGCACAGCACAGUCCCCACCUCCGCCUCAUCACCGCACCAGAUCGGCAGUGAACUUUAUCAGGUGUUGGAGAAAUAUCACAACACUCCGAUGAGCCACAAAGAAAUCCUCCAGGUGAUCCAGCGAGAAGGACUGAAAGAGAUCAGCGGCACCUCCCCUCUGGCCUGCCUCAAUGCCAUGCUGCAUACCAACUCCCGGGGGGACGAGUGCAUGUUCUACAAAGUCCCCGGCAGAAUGGGGGUGUACACAUUGAAGAAAGAUGUGACCGAUGCGGGGAAGGAAUUGUCGGACUGCUCGGAGGACAGCAGCGAGGCUCAGUCCGAUUCGCAGGGCUCGGAGCGCAGCACCUCCAGCAGCAGCGGCAGCAGCACCAGCGCCGCCAGCAACAAGGACAGGACGAGGAGUUGCUGGAAGAGGAAAG